CUCGGGGGCGGGGCGCUCCGCCCUGGCCCCGCCCCGGAGCCUCGCGGUACCCGGCACCGACACGUCAGGGCUGCGGGGUCCUGACAGGACGCGGCGGGCAGUUUCCGUUUCCGCCUUCGUGUCCGGUGUCGAAGGGCGGUCGCGUCGCGGCGAGUCGGGCUGGAGCGACGGUGUCGCGGCUCUCCGUUGGGCCAGGCCGGGCCGCGCCGCCGCCAUGGAGACGCUGUACCGCCUGCCCUUCGCCGUGCUUGAGUGCCCCAACAUCAAGCUGAAGCGGCCGAGCUGGGUGCACAUGCCCUCGGCCAUGACGGUUUACGCGCUGGUGGUGGUGUCAUACUUCCUCAUCACCGGAGGGAUUAUCUAUGAUGUGAUCGUGGAACCUCCCAGCGUGGGGUCAAUGACAGACGAACACGGGCAUCAGAGGCCGGUGGCCUUCUUGGCAUACAGGGUAAAUGGGCAGUAUAUUAUGGAAGGUCUUGCAUCUAGCUUCCUCUUCACAAUGGGUGGCCUAGGAUUCAUUAUUCUCGAUCGGUCCAAUGCACCCAACAUCCCCAAGCUGAAUAGGUUUCUUUUGCUCUUUAUUGGAUUUGUCAGUGUGCUUUUGAGCUUCUUCAUGGCCAGAGUUUUUAUGAGGAUGAAGUUACCGGGCUACUUGAUGGGUUAGUACCUCUUGUGAUGUAUGAAAGCCCGAUCUGAAUUUACUCCUCUUCAUCAAAGGUUUAAGAAGCAGCAGCAAGAAACAAAUUCCAUAGUCACCAUCAACAGGAAAGAGCCUUGGCCAUGAGAAACAACUAGGGAAAGAGAACUUUCUCUGCAAACAAACUCUCACCGCCAGUGUCUGAUUUUUAGUUUUGAAGCAGUGUUUUGUCAGUUCUGUUUUAGAGAUUUUGAAAAAAGCAAGUUACCUCAUUGGGUUUUUCUUUUGUAUCCCAAAGCUGUAUAAAACAGAGAACCUGUCUUUAGCACUACCUGGAGUGAGUAUUAGCCAUUGACUUGAUAGUUCUUUGUUGCAGGUCUGUCUCUUCUUCCCUGUGUGGGACAAUUACACGUGUGAAUCGGAGAAAAAACACCUGAAAUAUGCUUUUCCAAGCUGUAAUUAAAAAAUUAGUAACUUUGGAUGCUUUACAUUCAAAAUACCAUGUGUCUAAUAUGAUUUCAAAGGCAUCUUUUGCCUUGAUAUUCAUGUCUCUGUGUGAGCAAAUCCAGACAUGCACUGGGAAAGGCAAACUGUAUGAAUGUGUAUUUCUCUUUGAAUAAGUGUAUGAAAGGAGCCAAAUAAAACUUAUUUUCUACAAAA